AUGUUCUGGAGGACGCCCUGUAGUCACAGUGUGCUGGGGUGCUUUUUGAGUGUCGUCGCUUCAAGAUGGCGAUCUCCAGUCAAUUCGGUUAAGCGCGACUUGCAGGACCGAAGGUGUGGACCCGUCUGGGGCUUGGCAUCGUAUCUGCGGGAUGCGAUUGCUCUGUGCAUCGAGAAUCCGCCGUCUCUAUCAACACUGGCAGUCACGGUUCACUCAUUUCGUUUUCUGCCGCCACCCUCGAUGAAUACCAAUGAAGAAAACCGCCCCGGACGCCGAGGAAACGAUCCCCGAGGUGCAAACUCCAACCAGCAGCGACAGUCCACUUCCGCGUCUGCAGCAUCCCGAGAUGGCAGCUCUCACACAUAUCAGAGCAGAAGAGGUGGAAAGGCAGGCUCAAAUCUAAGCAAGUCCUCCGACAACAUCCAAAAUGGUCCCACGACAACCCCAACUACUCUCCCGCCACAAGACGAUCAUGUACCUCUCGCGGGGUUCAAUUCGGAUGUCGUGGAGGCAAUGUUGAAGCAAGGCUACGAGGCUAGGGCCCCUCUCUACAAACCGGACACUAAGUCGCAAGCCGCAACCCCCCAGAGCCCGUGGGGCGUCAAGCGUGAGUAGAAUCCCGCUCAUGAGACGGCAUCUGUUAAUUCGGACGAAGCUGGAGCCAUGGCCAGUGGAAAAGACUUCUGGCUCGACUUGCGCAGACAGGUUUCGGCCUUGCAGCAAACAGGAGGUAUCAGUCAGGGCGGCUAAGACACGAGUUCCGUUGCGGUGGUUCCUGUCACUCACUGUUCAGCGGCAUCACGGAAGGCGUUUUUCUGGUGCAUUCAAGAUACCCCAGGGGCUCGGUGCAUUCUAUCAGCAUCACUUCAAACCACAUGUACAUUUGCGGUAAAGCAAUGUCCCGGUUAUUGUAUUUAGCUGCAUGUAUCAUGGCUCCGGCCCACAUGAAGGGUUGUGCAUUGUAAGCAUCUUGGUAUGGUUGGAUACCAUUCAAAAUCAAAUGGCAUUGUCUGGUGGAGUGGCAUCUUAUUUACGUUUUCCCACUGACAUGAUGUUACCACCCUUCGGACACCUGACUAGAGGAUAUCAAACCC